AGUCUUGGUUCGCACUGUAGGACAUAUAAGUACUCUUCAUCUGCUCAGCUUACACUACUGGUGACCGGGACUUAGAUCUUGGGGUCACCGAAGAGAUGGAGUUGAUGGAACUUGUUGACAAUGAGCCGACGGCUCGACCUUUUCAGUGCGACUGGCCAUCGUGCAAUAAGAGCUUUAACCGCAAAUCAGACCUCCAAAGACAUUAUAGAAUUCAUACGAACGAAAGACCAUAUUCAUGCGUAACACCUGGGUGUGGAAAAAGUUUUAUCCAAAGAAGCGCCCUCACGGUCCAUAUAAGGACGCAUACAGGAGAAAAACCUCAUCAAUGCCAACAUAUUGGUUGCGGCAAACGCUUUUCAGAUUCAUCUAGUUUAGCUCGGCAUCGACGAAUUCAUACUGGCAAGCGACCAUAUAAAUGCGCCCAUGAUGGGUGUCUCAAAAGUUUUUGCCGAAAGACAACAAUGGUUAAACACCAGAGACGAUCCCAUCAGAGAGGUAUUCAUUCUUCCGAAGUCGACGAUUUUUCUUCCGAGUCCGACGGUGGCGAAUCUCCGUCAACACCCAAACAACCAGGUUUGCCGUGGUCAACCAACCAUUUAGGCGGCGGCCACCCAGGCCUACAAGGUCAUACCAUCCAGAGGGCAGCGUCGUUCGCGGAUUUUGGCCAACAUAUAAACGAAUAUAACGUCCAACAACAACAAUAUCAUAGACAUAGCGUGUCUGCGGGAGGUUCUCACGAAUACCAUGGCGAGGUGGUCCAGCAACCGCAGCAUCCCGGCGUUCAUAUGUUGCAUCGAACAGCUAGCAUGCCUCAGCAUACGUAUUAUGUGACGGAACAAAAUAACCCUGGAGUUGCAACCAUGAACACAAAUCCGAUGCAGUCGUACCAGAUGCCUAGACAGCAGCCCGACAGACUCCCGUUAGAAAUACCAUAUACCGGAGCUGGAAUGACUAGCUCUAUACAGAGCAGCCCAACCACCUACUCGGCUGCUGUAGGGCGAAGUCCAUCUGCGCAGGAUGGGUUUUACACGCAUCAGCCUCCACAAACGGCGGCGUAUAGCAUGAGCGCAGCAUCGCCCGUGGUGGAGCAGCCUAUGGUCCAGUAUGCUCAACAGAUGCAUCAUUCUGUCCAUCCUCCUCAGUCGGUACAGGCUCAGGUGCCUCCACCGCAACAGGUUCACCAGACACAAGAACAGUACCAACCACCACAAGCCCAACCGGACGAGCCCCAUUGGUAUAAUGCGGUACCCUUUCAAGCUCCGGUUGAGGUAACCACUAUCGGUGCGCUACCGUCCUUCGGAUCUGGUGUCUAUGGUGACCCUUGGAAUAUCAAGCCAGAUUUCGAUGAUCCGACGAUGCAGAUGCCCAGCGCUAGGAUCGAUAAUAUGUAA